AUGCAAUUGUGCAUAAGCCAGGGUAAGGUGCAGUCUCUCACACACACUGAAACCUACACACUGAUACAUACUAUCGCACAUUGCUUCUGGUAUGUUUGUGUGUGUGUUAUAAACAGUGUGUUAACUGAGUGUCUGCUGUGUGUAAUUGUUGACAGUCCUAUUACUCUGACUGUGGCUAAGUGCUGGGAUCCUAACCCUCGAGGAUGCUUCACACUACCGAGAAGUGAGCCGAUCCGUCCCAUAGACCCUGCUGCCUGGGUGUCCCACACUGCAGCAAUGACAGGGGCGUACCCAGUGUACGGUAUUAGUCCUUCUAUGAGCACCAUCAGCUCCUCCAUCUCAAGCUCCAUCCCUGAGACUGAGCGGUUUGAUGACUUUCAUCUAUCCAUUCACAGCGACAUGGCAACAAUUGCCAAAGCGAUGGCCAAUCUAGCGUCUGGCCUGGAAGUGCGAGACAGGAUGUGGCUCAAGAUCACAAUCCCCUCCGCCUUCAUAGGCUCGGAUGUGGUGGACUGGCUCUACCAUCACAUGGAGGGCUUCACUGACCGCCGUGAGGCCAGGAAGUACGCCAGCAACCUGCUGAAGGCCGGCUACAUCCGGCACACCGUCAACAAGAUCACCUUCUCCGAGCAGUGUUACUACAUCUUCGGAGACCUCUGUGGCAAUAUGGCUAGCCUCUCCCUGGGAGACCACAAUGGGUCGAGUGGGGCGUCCGACCAGGACACCCUCGCUCCCCUGCCCCAUCCUGGGGCUGCCCCCUGGCCCCUGGCCUUCCCCUACCAGUACCCAAUCCCACACCCCUACAACCCACACCCUCUGCACGAGCCACCCCGAAGCCAACCUGGAGGGGGGGGCAGUGCAGGCAGCCAGCACAGCGAAGGGAGUCGUAGCAGCGGGUCCAACCGCAGUGGCAGUAAGAAGGAAGCGGCUGCUGGGGGGGCAGGUGGUGGGGAGUCCAAGUCGACAGGAAGCGGCAGCGAAUCAGAGCUGAGGAGGGAGAAGCCCCCCGGCGAGCGCUCAGUGGCGGUGCUCCUUAGCGAGCACAGCAUGCGCAGCACACACAGCCCGAACAGCUUGGCCCAAAGUGUCCACAGCACCCACUCCCACAGAGGUAGCCUGGUGUACGGACCCCCCGGACUGCUGGCCCAGCCCCCGCCCUCCCUCCCCACCACGGCCCCCCCUGGGUCGCCCCCGGGCCGAGACCUAGCCUCUGUGCCGCCCGAACUCACCGCCUCGCGUCAAUCGUUCCGCAUGGCCAUGGGCAACCCCAGCGAGUUCUUUGUCGAUGUCAUGUGAUGUGUGCGUUAGGUGAUCCAGAGGGCGGAUCCUCACUGCAGGUGUUCAGAACUUCCUGGUACGGAGAGAAAGGAGGUGGAGGAGGAGGAAAGGAUAUAGAGGCUAAGAGAAAAAAACAGGUGGUGCUAAGAGGAACGUGGGUGUUACUGCAUAGGUCUUCUUCAGUCUGUCGCCAGUCCUGUGGCACCUGUACUUUCGUCAGUGAAGAAAAUCGGAGUGGAUGCAGCUCUCUCUCCUUUGUCCCCAUUAAAUAGACAAUUUUGUUAAUGUUCUUUUCCACAUCAGUUUGUGUGUGUGUAUAUGAGUGAGUCAAUAUGUGGUUGGAAUUGAAUGUUUUCUUUUUGUCAUUUUCUCCCGUCCCACUCAACUGUUAUUGAAUCUCUGUGGACGCUCCAUUG